AUGGAUUAAAAUAAUUUAAAUUUUAUAUAUAUUAGAAUAUAAUUAGUAAUAUAAUUUAAAGUUUAGAUAAAAAUAAAUGAAUAAAUAAUAUGCAAAGGAAGUAUAAGAAGGAGUAAGGAAAGAAAAAGAAUAAAAAAUAACAGUAAGAGAAAAUAGAAAGUUGAAGAGAUUUAAUAAGAUUUGAAUGAAAAAUAAAAAUCUUUGUUUUAAUCAAAGGAAUCAGAUAUGAAUAAUGUAUUUGAUUUAUUUGGAGGAGAUUAAUUAGUGAAAAAGAAUAUAGGAUAAGCAGAUUUGAAGAAAAUUGGUGAGAAUUUUACAGCUGCUUUGUAAAAUGUUGGUCAAAAUUAUAUAGCUGAAUGUUUGAAGAGAUUGAUAACUAAAUUAGAAGGAAAACUAUUAUUGAUUCAUUAUGAAGCAUUAUUCAAAGUUGUAGAAGAUAUUUAUAUAUAAAAAAGAGAAAUCAAUUUGAAGUAUAGGAAGCCACAGAGAAGAAGAAUUAAAAAUAAGGAACACCAAAAGAAGUUUCAUUUGGAAAGAUUAAAAACAUAUUAGGAUAACUUUGAUAAUAUAGAUGAUGAUAGUGAUUUCAUUUGA